AUGUCGAUCCUUGUAAAACGAUGCUUCUUUCUGCGUCCCGUGCGUCGGUUGGGUUAUGUUCAAUAUUCAACUGGGAGCGGUGGAUUCAUUCAAAAUUUAAUGAAAAAAAUUAAGGAGGAAUCUGAUAGAGACAAACAGUUGAGGGAAAGUGUUCGCAAGUUCCGUGAGGAGACCGAAAAGCUCGAAAAGUCUAAGGAAGUUCAGUCGAUGCGGGAAUUCUAUAAGAAAAUUGAAAGCGAAAUUCAUGUGGAUGCAAUGGAAAAGGUUAAGGAUCAUCUUGAAUCUGCUGCUAAAAGAAUCCGCGCUGAAGGAGAAAAUUUGAAGAAACAGGAGUAUGUUCGUAAGGGCUUGGAAGGCAUCUCAAAAGCUGGUGAACAGCUUGUAGAUGUGUCGCGGUCUAUUGGCAGGACCGAGUUUGUCAAGUCGGCCAGGGAGACUUUGGAAGCAUUAGAAAAGGAAUUGCAGUCUGACCGUGCUCUUGUUUAUCGGCCCCCCGAUAGACCUAGAACCAGAGCAGAAAUAACGGGUGGUUCAACGGAGAGAAUAAUCGAGCCUGACGUGGAGUCCUCUGGUGUGGUUCUGCAUAAAGACUCAAAGUGGGUUGCUGCUUGGGAGAAUUUUAAGGACAGUAAUCAAUACGUCCAAAAAUUUUUCGACCUCAAGACAAAGUAUGAAGAAAGUGAUCACUUUCUUGCA